UCCUCUGUUCUCCUAGCCUGCAAGCAAGGCUUGUGGUAGAAGCGAUCACACUUUGCUAUAGUCAAGAGAAACGAGGAGCUAGAGCAAUUCAUUAUCAGUUUAGCAUCAACCAGUGUAAAACUUCGGAAGCCCAUUGAUUGUGUUGCGGCGAACUGAUGGACGAGCAAGCCCGAAUCAUGCAGACUCUCGGCGGUGUCACUCUGGCUGGCCACACGGUAUCGGGGGGCAUGGUAGUUCCGCCUCCACAUGGACACGAUGGCUCCGACGGGGACGGAAGGAAGCAAGACAUCGGCGACAUUCUCCAUCAAAUCAUGACCAUAACAGACCAAAGUCUGGACGAGGCGCAGGCGAAAAAGCAUGGCCUGAACUGCCACAGAAUGAAGCCUGCCCUCUUCAGCGUGCUCUGCGAGAUCAAGGAGAAAACAGGUCUGAGUAUUCGAGGGGCACAGGAGGAGGAUCCUCCCGAUCCUCAGCUCAUGCGUCUGGACAAUAUGCUGCUGGCAGAAGGAGUAGCUGGCCCAGAGAAAGGCAGUGGUUCAGCAGCUGUGGCAGCAGCUGCAACAGCUUCAGGAAGCCCUACUGAGAACUCCAUUGAACACUCAGACUACCGGGCCAAACUCUCACAGAUCAGACAAAUCUACCAUACGGAACUGGAGAAAUACGAACAGGCAUGUAACGAAUUCACAACCCAUGUGAUGAACCUGUUGCGGGAGCAGUCACGUACACGGCCUAUCUCACCCAAAGAGAUUGAGCGUAUGGUCAGCAUCAUCCAUCGCAAGUUCAGUUCCAUCCAGAUGCAGCUCAAACAAAGUACCUGUGAAGCUGUCAUGAUCCUGAGGUCUCGCUUCCUUGAUGCCAGACGAAAAAGACGUAAUUUCAGCAAGCAGGCCACAGAGAUCUUGAAUGAGUACUUCUACUCCCACCUCAGUAACCCCUAUCCAAGUGAAGAAGCCAAAGAAGAACUGGCAAAAAAGUGCAGCAUUACAGUAUCCCAGGGGGUGGGAAGCACCAUCACAGUGGCACAGGUAUCUAAUUGGUUUGGCAACAAGAGGAUCCGUUACAAGAAGAACAUUGGCAAGUUCCAAGAGGAGGCCAAUCUGUAUGCUGCCAAAACUGCUGUGAAUGCAGCGCAUGCCGUAGCUGCUGCUGUGCAGAACAGUCAGACCAACUCACCCACUACACCCAAUUCUGGAUUCCAGAUGAAAGAUGAAGAAUUUCAGCUGGAUUCUGCAGAGAACAAAAACACUCUUUUAACCAGCAUGUUUACUGGUUCGGCAGGUUCUUUUAACCUCCCAAACUCGGGGGAGAUGUUCAUGAGCAUGCAGAAUCUGAAUGGGGAUUCUUACCAAGGGGCACAAGUCGGAGCCAAUGUGCAGUCACAGGUGGAUACGCUGCACCAUGUUAUCAGUCAGACGGCAGGAUACAAUGAUGCUCUGGGGGGCAACUCCAUGUACAGUCCUCAUGGCUUGGAUGCUAAUGGGGGAUGGCAAGAUGCUAUGACCCCAUCCUCUGUGAUCUCCCCUACUGAAGGCCCCGGUAGUGUGCACUCUGAUACCUCAAACUGAUAUCUGCAUUGACACACUGACCAAUCAGAGACUGAUCAAUCAGAGACAUCACAAAGUACCAUCAUCACAAAUACAUUCAGCAGAACAUUUGAAAGCUUUGGUGUCUCUUAUGAAUUAAA